AUGUAUCGUUUCCUUCGAUUGUCUCUCUCCCUCCCCCGGCAACGGAUUUAUGGAAAGUCCCGGAAUCCAUGUCCUCCACUACUAUCUCCCCUGUUCCUCCAGGGUCGGAGCUUCUCCUGUUCACCCGCAUUGUUAAAGAAGAAGGACAAGGCAAAGAAAGCCUCAGCAGACACUGAGCCCAGCCCCGUUGCUGCUGAAGACCCAUCAGAUUUGACUCAACUUCAGACUGGCAUCUCAACCGCUGUUGCUCGUCUAAAAGAUGACUUGUCGAAGCUUCGCGCUGGUGGGCGAUUCAAUACCGCAUCGCUCGAAGGGUUGAAAGUCCAGUUGAGCAAAGACAGCCAAGAAUCGGUCAAACUGCGGGAUUUAGCCCAGGUUGUGCCUAAAGGAGGACGGAUGGUGACAAUCUUGGUCGCUGAAGAAGAGCAUAUCAAACCGGUGACAUCGGCGAUUAUCUCUUCAAACUUGUCCUUGACGCCGCAACCGGACCCCCAUAACGCUCUUCAGCUCAACCUUCCGAUCCCUCCACCGACCAAGGAAUCCCGGGACCAAAGCGUCCACGCGGCUAAGCAGGCCUUUGAGAAGGCCGCAAGCACGGUCCGAGACUCCAGAGGAGCUAUGCACAAACGUCUACAAGAUCUGCAAAAGAAGAAAUUGGCGCGACCAGAUGACGUCCGCAAGGCUCAUGACCAGAUGGAAAAGGCGACUGAUAAAGGCCAGAAAGAAGUCAAGGACCUCUUUGACGCAGCUAAGAAGACAUUGGAGCAGGCAUGA